CUUCCCCUUCCCCAAAACCCCAACAAAACCCCACAAGACAAAAAGGAAUUCAUUUUUUGGGCCCUCAAUUGAAUUCCGUUGCCAUAACCACCGACAUGUACGCCGCCGCCUCAAGGUCCGUCCUCCGCUCGGCCGCUGCAGCCCGAAGCGCUGGGGCGAGACUGGCCGCCGGAACUAAACCGAAGGCGGCCGUGCAAUCUCCCUUUUGCUUCCCGACUCGAAAACCCCUCUCCUCUCGCAUUUUCAGGUCUCCAGUUGAGAUGAGCUGCGUGAGUGUCGACUCGAUGCUGCCGUUUCACACUGCCACUGCCUCGGCAUUCCUGACUUCGAUGCUCUCCGUCGCUCCUCGGUGCUACUGUUGGACUUUUGAAGAUGGAUGAUAGUUGUUUGUUGAGAUGCUGCAUUUGAUCAUUGUUUUCCCGGACAUCAGUGGACAUUUUGAGGCUCUGUUAGACUCCUUGAGGCAUUAUUUGCUUGAUUCUUGUGAAAUCAACGGUCAACUGAUUUCUGAUCAACAGAAAAUGGGUAUCGUAAUGUAAGGGAUCACAUUUUCUCUUGGCUUCUUUUCUGAAAAUAAAUGGUUGGUAGUUAUGCUGCAUGGAACUCCUUUGUAGCUUUGCAAUAAUUCUGAUUUUGCUGCCACUCAUGCUUGAAGCAGCGUUGAGUUGGUUGGUUGGAUGAGAGUGCAAGGAUGGUUUUGGUCCUAGUUCAUACUGUCUAAUUGGGAUGAAAGUCAUUUCUGAUCAUCAAUGAACAGGCUCGCGUGGGUUAAAAAGGACACAUCGAUCAGCUUUCCCU